AUGAUCAGCAGAAGUAACGAGAUGAAUCGUUUUCGUCGUUGUAUUUUGAGUUGUUGUUUUGACGGGGGUGAUGAUGUCCCUUCACCGACACAACGCCGCAUCCCACGACACCCACAGAACCAAACAGCUCCCUAUUUUCAGCAAGCACAAUAUCAGAAGACACAACUGCGGUCUCGAUAUUACGCAGAGACUCAGCAUCGGGAGUAUGGACAAACAUCGCCAAGUCCACCAAGACCGAAAAGGUCUCUACCUCCAUCAAAGUCCCCGAUAUACCAACACCAUCAUAUGAAAAACGACCACCAGCCCCCAGCGCGCCCCAUAACAGAAUGGCCCGCUCCUAACCUCGAUCAGCGGCCAGGAAAGAUUUCGGAAAGUUUGCCUUUCUGGUGGGAUGACGCGGUAUCACAGGACAGCUACCCUGAAUCACCCGAGAUUGACUUCGAUCCCGACCUAACACCGCCGCCUUUAUAUCAUCGGUAUCCACCCAAGCAAGAAGUACAACAACAACACACGUUUCCAAAACCCUUUGCCGUCUUUACACCAGUUACAAGGAGGCGUAAAGUGCCGAGCAGCUAUGACAUUUCCUACUAUUUUAGAAAUAGUCCCAGCGUAGUCACACCAUGGAGACCACCUACACCACCCCCUUCUCAACCAUCAUCACUUCCCCACUACGAAGACUCGAGCGCUGUUGCUAAUUGGGCACUGGGAAUAGAAAAAGGAAAAUGGGAAGAGGAUGUAUGGGAAGAAGAAACAGAAAGAGAUAGAGAAGAGGCCAGGCAUCAAGACCCACGGAUUGUAUCGGGUGUCUCUUCCUUAUCAUACUACUCAGAGGUUGCACAUCAACACCGGCGCCCUGUAUCAGAUGUUUCUUCUGUAUCGUCUUAUUAUUCUGAGUACCAGGAAAGCAGGGCGUUGACCCCCAUACCAGAGGUGAGGAAGUGGGGGGAUGCUAAGUAUGAGGACGCAAGGCGGGAGGAAUCGAACUGGUUGUAG